AUGAGCUCUAAGGUGGAUGGCCCAGCUGAGGCUGUGGAUUUGGAAAAUGCUCGCCAGAAGAGCGUCGAUGUCCCUCCUGUCGAGUUCGAGCCCGAGGAUAAGAUGGACAACACGCCUGAAUACAAGCAGGAUGCCUUUGGCAACGAGGAAUUCGCUGAGGUCAAGUAUAAAGUCAUGAAGUGGUGGCAAUGCGGCCUACUCAUGGUUGCUGAAACCGUCUCUCUCGGUGUCCUGUCUCUCCCUGCCGCCGUCGCAGCAUUGGGUCUUGUCCCUUCCAUCAUUCUCAUCAUCGCACUCGGCCUGCUCGCUACCUGGACCGGAUACAUGAUUGGACAAAUGAAACUGAAAUACCCCUACAUCAUGACAAUGGCCGACGCAGGAGAAGUCCUCGGCGGCGCAUUCGGCCGUGAAUUCAUGGGUGUCUGCCAGAUUCUUUUCCUCAUCUUCAUCAUGUCGAGUCAUCUUUUGACCUUUACCGUUGCCAUGAACACUAUCACCAGCCACGGCACUUGCUCGCUUGUUUUCGGUAUUGUCGGCACAAUUAUCUCUUUCCUGUGCUGUCUGCCGCGUACCCUGGAGAAGAUGUCGUGGUUGUCGCUUGUUUCAUUCGUCAGCAUCAUCGUCGCAGUAUUCAUCUGCAUGAUCGCCGUCGGCAUCGAAAACCCCGGCAGUGGAGUCGUGGCCGUCGCCAAAACCGACCUCUACCACGGUUUCUCCGCAGUGUGCAACAUCGUCUUCGCUUUCUCCGGCCACGCUGCUUACUUCGGCUUGAUGGCCGAGUUGAAGAACCCCCGUGACUUCACCAAGUCUCUCUGCCUGCUUCAGGGUAUUGAUAUCAGUCUGUACCUGGUUGCCUCGCUGGUGAUUUACCGCUACGCCGGUGACGGUGUCACCUCUCCUGCUCUCGGCUCGGCUUCUCCUUUGGUGGCUAAGAUUUGCUACGGCAUUGCCCUGCCUACAAUUAUCAUUGCUGGUGUCAUCAACGGCCACGUCGCAGUCAAGUACGUCUACGUCCGGCUUUUGGCUGGAACAGACCGCAUGCACAAGCGUGACUGGAUCGCCAUUAGCUUGUGGCUCGGCAUUGCCGUUGCUCUUUGGAUCCUUGCUUGGAUUAUCUCAGCUGCGAUUCCCGUCUUCAGCAACCUGCUGAGUCUGAUUACUGCUCUUUUCGCCUCCUGGUUCAGUUACUGCCUGGGUGGUGUGUUCUGGCUGUACAUCAACAAGGGUCGUCUGACCUCCUCGCCGCGGAUGAUCAUCUUCAGCAUUAUCAACCUGAUCCUUAUUGGAAUUGGAUUGACUAUUUGUGGUAUGGGUCUUUGGGUCUCUGGAAAGGCUAUUCACGACAAUCCCAGCAGCGCGAGCUUCUCGUGUGCGAAUAAUGCUUGA